CCUGCUACUAUUUCUAUACGCUAAUUUAUACCUAAGGGCCUGUUUGGUAUCGUGAGUUGGAUGUCUAUUGUGACUGUGAAAUGGAGCCUAAUCGGAGUUGUUAUAGUGCUUGCUGUGUUCGCAGGUUUGAUUGGAAUUGGAAUAGAAGAGGAUUUUUGGUCAACUAUAGGUAUUUCCAAAUAUAUCGUACUUACCUAUGGUACAACAUUUGUCUUCCAUAUCUUGGUUACUUAACUUUGUUGUGUAGUAAGAUAGGAACGUGGUAUAAUCACGUGCCCCUACCACGUGCUUAUAUUUAGGACCUGAAGCGAUGG